AUGUCUCUUAAGUUUAUUUUUGCUUUCGCGUUCUUGACAAUGGCCCUCGCCAGACCUGAGGACACUCCCGGCUAUGAUUACUCUUCCCCUUCCCAUGGCUCCUCACCCGGCAAGUACGACUUCAACUACGCUGUCAAGGACGACUACUCCAGUAACGACUUAGGUCACCAGGAGGAUCGCGAUGGUUAUGGUGCCCAGGGUUCCUAUUACGUCCUCCUUCCCGAUGGCCGUCUACAGAAGGUCACCUACUCCGUCAACGGCGACUCCGGCUUCGUGGCCGAGGUCAGCUACGAGGAUGAGGCCCAGUACCACGCUGAACAGCCUUCCUACAAGACAACUCCCUCUUAUGCCUGA